GACAUAUCCAACUCCUUGUUUCUUGUAUAUCGUGCAUAACAGAACACAGUGAUUGCCAACGCCUUGAUGGAGAUUUUUCUAAUUAAUUAUCGAAAACAUCCAUUUUUAUUUUGCCACCCCAUUUCCAUCGAUCGACCCCACAUUAUCAUUCCCAUUUCUCAUCGCCUGUGCUGUGUUCUGCCCCACCCAUCUCUGCCAAUGCCCUUUUAGAGACCUCCCCAUUUCAUUUUGAUUCUCUAAUUUUUCCUUUACCACAGAGAUUUGGGUUUCUGGGCAUUGAUGGGUCGGUGGAAUGAGAAACUUGUGGCCUUUUUCAACAAUAGAUGGUUGGUUUUUGUAGCUGCAAUAUGGCUUCAAUCAUGCGCUGGAAUUGGGUAUCUUUUUGGAAGUAUAUCGCCGGUUAUCAAAACCAAUUUGAGUUACAAUCAGAGGCAAAUUGCGCGUCUCGGUGUUGCUAAAGACCUUGGCGAUAGCGUCGGCAUUUUGGCCGCUACCUUGUCGGAGAUUUUGCCCUUUUGGGGAUCUCUCUUGGUCGGUGCUAUCCAUAACUUUGUUGGGUAUGGUUGGAUUUGGCUCAUCGUCACUGGUCGAGCUCCCGUUUUGCCUCUCUGGGCUAUGUGCAUUCUUGUAUUUCUGGGAACGAAUGGGGAGACGUACUUCAAUACGGUUGCUCUGGUUUCUUGUGUACAAAACUUUCCGAAAAGCAGGGGCCCUGUCGUCGGGAUUCUGAAAGGCUUUGCUGGUUUAAGUGGUGCAAUUUUGACUCAGAUAUAUGCAAUCGUGCAUGCUCCUGAUUCAGCCAAUCUUAUAUUCAUGGUUGCAGUAGGUCCUGCACUGGUAGCUAUUGGUGUGAUGUUUUUUAUCAGACCUGUCGCUGGUCAUAGACAAGUAAGGCCGUCCGAUAGCAUGAGCUUUACUAGUGUUUAUGGUGUCUGUCUCCUUUUGGCUGCUUAUUUGAUGGGAGUCAUGCUUGUUGAGGAUCUUGUUACCUUGAACCCCACCGUGAUAGCCAUUUUUACUGGGGUUAUGUUUGUCAUCCUUCUUACACCCUUUUUGAUUCCCGUGACAUUGACUUUUAGCUCGGAGACAAUGACAUAUGCUGAGCAAGAGGCUCUCCUACCACCUUCAGAGAAACAGGAACCUGCUAGAUCUGAACCAGAUGGUAAUGAAGUGAUAUUUAGUGAGGUGGAAGAUGAGAAAUCAGAGGGAGAGGACUUACUUCCUGCAUUAGAGAGACAAAAACGCAUUGCUCAGCUGCAAGCAAGACUAUUGCAAGCAGCUGCAGAAGGAGCAGUAAGAGUGAAGAGGAGGAAGGGUCCGCGUCGAGGAGAAGACUUCACUUUGGGUCAAGCUUUAAUCAAAGCCGAUUUUUGGCUUAUAUUCGUCUCCCUUCUUCUUGGUUCUGGAACUGGAUUGACUGUGAUCGAUAACCUCGGACAGAUGAGCGAGUCUUUAGGUUAUGAUAAUACACAUAUUUUUGUAUCCCUGAUCAGCAUAUGGAACUUUCUCGGCCGUGUUGGUGGUGGAUACCUCUCUGAGAUUGUUGUGAGAGAUUUUGCUUAUCCAAGACCCAUUGCAAUGGCGAUUGCACAAUUCCUUAUGAUAUUCGGACAUCUCUUCAUCGGCAUGGGAUGGCCUGGGGCAAUGUACAUUGGUACUCUCAUAACGGGGCUCGGGUAUGGGGCUCACUGGGCAAUUGUGCCUGCUACUGCCUCUGAAUUGUUUGGCUUGAAGAAGUUUGGGGCUUUAUACAACUUCCUCACUCUCUCAAAUCCUAUGGGAUCUCUGAUAUUUUCGAGCUUAAUCGCGAGCGGUAUAUAUGACAGUGAAGCAGAGAAGCAAGCUCAUAACCAUCCCCCACAUCUGCAGAGCUCCUCAUCAUUUUUGUUGAGUAGACUUUACGCCGAUGGACCGCACGAAUGUGAGGGUGCCAUAUGUUUCUUUUUAACUUGUAUGUUAAUGGCUGGAUUAUGUGCGAUUGCAGGCAUGUUAAGUUUAAUUUUGGUGUAUCGGACAAAGGGUGUUUACUCCAACCUCUAUGGGAAAUCUCGUACAUCGACGCUUUCGUAGAAUGGUUUCAACUUUCAUCAAUCAUGCUACCUUUUCCAUGUUCGUUUUUUCGAGAUCGAGUGAAAUUUUUGCUGAGAUGGCUUUGCAAGAACUCACAAGAAGCAGCCAUGGACUCGAAAUGGACUUGCUUCAGUCUUACAGUUCAAUUCACCCUUUUGGUAUAAAAAGCCUAUUCCUGUGUGUUGGAGACUUCAGUUGGUGGAAGAAAAACAUGCACCUUCGUUUCCUAUCUUCCACCCAAAAUAGAAAAUAAAGAAAAAGAAAUGUAUGAAAUAUAAUUGUUGUGAAACAUUUGAUAUUUAGGAUUCAUCAUUAUUGAUCAGUGAAUUAAAAAAAAGUAUGCUAUUUAUUUGUUUAAUUUGCAUUUUUUGUUGUCUUCUCUCUUUAGAUUGUCAUGUAUAGGCUAUAAUUGUGACUUUUUCAACACCUAUCAUUUCACUGUCUGUGGACAUUUCUUUUUCAA